AUGGAGCCAUCCCGUCCACCGAUCUCAAAUCCCUCGUCUCUCCUCUGGGCGCACCAAAUCCGUCGCGAACACAUCCACCUCGUCCAGCAGAUCGACAUUCUGAAGGCCGAUAUCGCCGUCGCUACUGAUACCAUGAAUGAUCUGAAACAGGGUCUUGAGGAACUCACCCGCCAGGUUGAGGACACCAGACAAUGUAAUGCUCAGCUACAGGGGAAUCUUCUUCAGUUGGAAGGCCGGUUGGAUACACGGUUACAUUCCAUGCUCGGGCGGAUCAAUGGUCUCGAGUCGGAGAACGGGCUUCUGAAGACAAGAGUUGAGGUUCUUGAAGCUGAGCGUCAGCGUGGAGGGGAGCACCAUGAGCGCGAAGCAACUAGCACAGUGUCCCAGAGGCAGAGGCAAAAGAAGUCGCCGGUUCGACAGCCCACGGUCUUGAGGAUCGCAUGCGAGAAUGGUGUGUUUAAGCGUGCACGGAGUUGUGGGUUGUUAGACCAAGAUCCAGAUACCCGUAAGUAUACUCACUUGGUCUUGGAUGACGAUUCCUUUGGGUUUUGGUUUGCUUUGUCCUUUCUUUCAGUGAUCACUAAUCCAGUCGUCUAG